AUGGACCUGACUUCAGUUCUCUCCUUGGAAACCUGGGUCCUCCUGGCAAUCAGUCUGGUGCUUCUAUACCGAUAUGGGACCCAUAAACAUGAUGUCUUUAAGAAACAGGGAAUUCCUGGGCCCAAACCUCUGCCAUUUGUAGGAACUCUGCUGAAUUACUCCAAGGGUAUAUCAAACUUUGACGUUGAGUGCUAUAAAAAGUAUGGAAAAAUAUGGGGGUUGUUUGAUGGUCAUACACCUGUGUUAGCUACCACAGACACAGAGAUGAUCAAGAUUGUACUAGUGAAGGAAUGCUAUUCUGUCUUCACAAACAGACGGGAUUUUGGCCCUGUGGGGAUUAUGAGUAAAUCCAUCUCCAUGUCUAAGGAUGAGGAGUGGAAGAGAAUUCGAGCCUUGAUGUCUCCCUCCUUCACCAGUGGAAAACUCAAAGAGAUGUUCCCCAUCAUUGAAGAGUAUGGAGAUAUAUUGGUAAAAUACUUGAGAAGAGAGGCAGAGAAAGGCAAGCCUAUCACCGUGAAAGAAGUGUUUGGGGCCUACUGCAUGGAUGUGAUCACAAGCACAUCAUUUGGUGUGAAUGUUGAUUCCCUCAACAACCCAAAGGACCCUUUUGUGGAAAAGGCCAAGAAGCUCAUAAGAUUUGGUACUUUUAACCCAUUAUACAUGUCAGUAGUACUCUUUCCAUUCCUUACCCCAAUAUAUGAGAAGUUAAAUGUCUCCAUAUUCCCAAAGGAUUCGAUAGCAUUUUUCAAGAACUUCAUGGACAGAAUGAAGGAAAAUCGCCUGGAUUCUAACCAUAAGGUAAAAAUUGGUUGUGCCCUUAAAG